AUGGCGCAUGGUAAUAAUGUAAUAGAACCAACUUUAUGUCAAGGAAAAAUAUUUAAUACUUGGCAACAAGCUUUUGAUAUUAUCAAGGGUACAUAUGAAACACAAUCUAAUGAGAAACAAACAACAACAAAACGAAUAGGAUGUCCAUGGCACAUUAAUCUUUCAGAACCACAAUCAAAAAAUCUGCACAAAUUUAUUUAUAUUACAACAUUUCACGAUACGCAUUCACAUAAUCUUAAUCCCGAAAUAAUUCAAUUUGGCAAUAACAAACAUAUACCUUCUGAAAUAAUGAAAGAAAUUGAAUUUCUUACAAUUCAAUAUCUUUACCAUGCCAUCCAAUCUUUUCGACCUCAAAAUAAAAAUGAUAGUAAUGAUGCUGCGAAAUUAUAUACAAAAUUACUUGAAAACUCACAAAAUAAUCCAAUGUGGAAAGUAGCUAUUAAAUUUGAUGAUAAUAAUACUCUUACAUAUUUAUUUUGGAUGACACCUUCUCAAUUAGAACUAUGGUUUCAAUUUUCAGAUAUUGUAGUGCAAGAUGUUACUUGUAAAACCAAUAGAUAUGACGUGGCUUUAAAUUUAAUAGAGAAAAGACAAUUAUCUGAAGAUAAAAAUCAUCAACUUAUUUUAUGGAAAGCUGCAAUUCCUUGUUUAUCUACACAAAUUACAGUUCCGGCAUUUAUGUUUUCAAGUAUUGAUAAAGAACUUAUGGAAUAUCUGCCUCCUGCUAUAUUAGAACUUCAAAGAAAUGAAAUUCGCCAAUAUAUACCAGAUGCACGUCAAACUACUGUUGCUUGUAUGAUUUCUGAUGUUGAUAAAGAACAAAUUACAUCUAUGUGGGCUAUAACUGUUGGAAACAAUCUUAAUAAAGAUCUUAGCAAGGAACCAUUCCUAGUAGCUACCAAAUUUGAAGAUGAAAUUACACCAAUUAUUCCGGAAUCAAGUAUUCCAUUUUUAACUGCAGUUAAACAAACAUCAAUGCAUGAUUCCAUUUCCCAGCACGAACGUCUCACAGAUAUACAAUUAUAUGGAAAAAUCAAUGAGUUGGCACAGAAUUCAGAAUUAGAUAAAGAAAAUCAAUCCUUGAUUAUUAAAAAUUCUAACAAACAAACAAAAUCCAGAGGACGUCCUAAAGGAACAAAAAGAAUCAAAGCAUUUCAUGAAAAAACAAGUACAGUACCUUUGGACAAUAGUAAACAAUACAAUUGUGGUCUUUGUGGUAAUAUGGGGCAUAAUAAACGGAAUUGUAAUCAAAUUAGUUAA